AUGGAGACAAUUAUAAGAAGAUUCUCCCCAAAAGAAAAAGAAAAAGAAAAAGAAAAAGAAGAAAAAGAUGAAAAAUCAAAAGAUAAAAAAGAACCAAUUAAAACAAGAUCAAAAUCAAAAAAUGAUGAAGAAGAAGAAGAGGAUGAACAAGAGUUGGUUCAAGGAAAACCAAAAGGUAAUUCCAAAAAUAUCAAAACAAAAAAAUAA